ACGGCCGUAACAGGCCAUCCCUCUUAUCCUAGAUAAUCAAAUACAGUGGACACAAUCUAUUAGCCGCGAUAGGACAACAAUAGUGAAACUGAUGCAUUGUUGAGAUACCCGAAAAACAGGGCUUUGAAAAAAACGAACACUUCCACCAUGUUAAAAAUGACUGACGAAGGUUUGGUAACUUAUGAAGAAGGAGAGGCCAAACCAAUAAAGAAGAGGCUGUUGUUGAAUUUUGCGUCAAUCUGUAUUAUGUGGAUGUUUUCCUUCACUGCUUACUCGGGGCUGCAGAACCUGGAGUCGAGUUUGAACCCCGGUGUGGGAGUGUAUUCGCUUGCAGCUUUGACGGGCGGGGGACUUGUAUCCUGUCUGUUAGCUCCCGUCAUCAUUAGCUACAUUGGAUGUAAAGGUGCUCUCAUCAUCUCAUGGAUUACUCUGUGUGUUUAUGUGGGCGCCAACUAUUAUCCUGCUGGCUAUGUUCUUAUCCCCGGGGCUGGGAUCGAAGGUCUGGCUACUGGACUAAUGUGGACGGCUCAAGGCGCUUUAGUGACAUCCAUUGCAAUGGAGUAUGCUAGAAUAACACAGGGAGCGUUCGAUGAUAUUCUCAGCAAGUUCUUUGGAAUUUUCUGUGCUGCAUUCCAGAGCACACAAAUUUGGGGAAAUCUUAUUUCUUCUCUCAUCCUUGUCAACGAAAAUAGUUCAUUGAAUUUAACUACACCUCCAGAAUACUGUGGGAAAAAUUUCUGUCCAUUAAGUAUUAAACCUGAGACAAAGAAUGUAACUAAGGCAGGGGUACAUCCUGAAAGCAAAAUAGAGAUUAUUCUGUUGAGUGUUUACAUGGGUUUCUCUGCUGUGGGUUUGUUAGUCACCUGCAUAAUGCUUCGACCAAUGAAACAGGAACACAAUGGACCGACGGAAUCAUUCAGAUCCAAACUAGUGUCCACUGUCCGUCUACUUGUCACCAAUUCUAAUAUGGCGAUGCUUGUUCCGUUUUACCUCUGGACUGGUUUAGAGCAAACGAUAGUUUUUGCCGAAUUUACAAUGGCGUAUGUGAAUUGUGAGAUUGGGAUAGAGUGGAUAGGAUACACCAUGAUUUGUUUUGGUGUCGCCAACACCAUUGGUUCUCCAAUCAGUGGCGUCCUCGGCAAGCGUGUCGGCAGACCCACGCUCUUCAUCGUCGCCACAGCUCUAAACAUUUCGGCUCUUGUUGCGAUGGAACUUUGGCAUCUAGCCAGGAAGCAGUUAAUCGUAUUUUUCGUUAUUCCCGGGAUCUGGGGGCUAGCUGAUUCAAUCUGGCAAACGCAAAGCGCAGCUUUGGUUGGUCUUGCAUUCUCAGACAAACAGGAACCGGCUUUCUCAAAUCUCCGCAUGUUUCAGGCGCUGGGCUUUACCGUGGGCUACCUAUACAGCAACCACAUGUGUGAAUACAAGAAACUAUACAUCGCGGGUGGCGAGCUUAUCUUCUCUAUGAUUCUAGUGAUGGCUGUAGAAUUCAGACUCAAGAGAGACGCUCCAAAGAAAGACAAUCUAGUCAUAUAAAUUUCUGUCAAUUAUUUUUGAAACUAGAAACCUACAUUUAUUCCAUUAAUACGGACAAAACGGGUAUUGUAUUUAAUGUAUAUAUAUGUAGAAAAACAAUUAAUGCUAACUUACAAGAUAAUACAUGCUUUCAUUUGCAAAAAUUUUAAGGAUCGUCGAUUAGUGUUUUUUAAACUAACAGCGUGUUUUAAUGCUAAAAUCUACUUCGUUGUGUAACAGUUUCUGAUUGGGACAUUGGUGUCUGUUUUUUAUAUCUUUUACUGACUAGCCGUAACAUGAACUUCGGGACUUCAAGCUGCUGAACAUAUGGUCUUGGUUACAUGACGGAUUCAAUCUCUCCGAAAAAGGUUAACGCAAAGGAAAUAAUUAACAUAUUUCUUCUUGUAUUUUCUUGUUCCCAGUAGGUAGUUAACUUAAUAUUAAUAAAAUACUUAUUGGUAGGGUGUAAUCGACCAUGGUGCAUAUCUUUUCACAGUAAAGACUCUUAUAAAAUUAAUACAGCGCAAAAUACAAGAUUUUGCACAACUAUUGAAAGUGAAACUUUUUUUUAAGGAAAAAAUGUAAACACAGCAUAUAUUACCAGAUUGAAGGAAUAGUCCAGAACACAUUCUUUGUUCCUAGAGACCUUGCAUUGUGCACAUUUUUAAAUUUCUUCAAAUUCUACAUUGCUUCCAACUUUCAAUCAUUGCCAAUGGUAGUAUUGCUAUGAUCAAAUGAGAUUGAGCAAGAUUUUAAUACUGUAGUUAAUACACAUGACGACAAUGAAUGUCGUAAAAAAUGAAUGCAAUUAUUAAAAGCAUAUUAGAUUAUGUUGUAAAACAAUAAAAAUGCAUGCUAUACAUGUAUAUCAAAUACUGUGGAUUCAUUCAAUGGUAACUAAAGACAUGUAGUAAAAAAAAAUUCUGUUCUUAUUUGAAAAUCUUUUGAUUUUCAUAUCAACAACAAUAUUGGUGAACAUGAUAAUGAAACCACAGCAUGUUGAAGUGAAAAUGUUUCAUGAAUAAACAUUAUAAUAUCUGAAAUUUUGAAAAGCACUGAUAAUGAGUAUACACAUUUCUGUACCACUAAGUACAAAAGUUUAUGUUCCUUGCGUUAGCUUUAUCAAUACGGACGCAUUUUCCACAAUUUUGAUUACAUUUACUUCCUUUUUCUACUGAAAGAGAACCUAAUAUAUGUAAUCAACAAUAACAUAAAUCAAGUAGAAGGAAAUAUUUACAGAUUUUUCAUAAAAGUCAAAAACUGGAAAAAUUUAAAAUCAGCGCAAUAUCAAAAUGCACCCAUUUUUUAAAUUUUUAACUUAUAAAUGCUGGAUUUGGCAUUGCUAGUAUUCAUCAUAAAGAAGCAUAAUCGAUUGAGGUCAACAAUUUUAGUUGCACAAUAUUUUAAGAAGGAAAUGUCUUACUUUCCUUUGUUAUCUAUCUCCACAUUCUUUUCAACUGAUAAACUUAAUAAU